AUGGAUAUAGAUCCAGUAGAUGAUGGCUUUCUUCCAGCCGUAAAUACGUUUUCCAGUGGUGCUUCUCCCGCAGAGUCUCUGCAUUCCAAAGUAUUGUCACUGUUGCUGGCCUACACAUCCGAGUCAGAGGCCAAGUCAUUAUUACAGCAAGUACGCUCAUCGCAAACGUACUAUCAUCCAGAACAUAUCGAUGGAUACAUACCGAUAUCACUACUAUUAUCAUUCAAAAAGAUGCAAAAAUUGACUCAGGACCUCCAUCUCAUUGCUCAAAUAGCUGCCACAUCACGAGCACUUCAAGUGCACGCAGAUGGAACCAAGAUACGACGAGUAACCAGUAUAACAACACCAGCAGCACCUCCAGCUGGACUAUCCUCAUCCGCAUAUAUAACAGCAUAUAAAUUCGAAUCCGAUACCGUCAAACCCGAAGUAGCGCUCUACUUUGCCAACUUUGGUGUUGUCGUUGAUGUCGAUUUUAUCAAACCGGGUGUAGCAGGAAUCAAAUUCUCGGAUGAUGCUGGGCUCGUGAAUGCUAUUACUGCUCCGCAUCAUAGGUUUCGAGGGGACGCGUUACAUGUUGAGUGGAUUGCGUCGUCUCAUUUGGACAUGUUGGAAGGGAAGGGGCGUAUACCCAAGAAUAAGAAAAAGGUGAAUUAUCCGAGACGCUUAGCUGGUCCAUACCCAUAUACAUGUAAUCGUAUACUCCAUGUCGAUGUAUCUGGAUUAUGCUGGGAUGCUAUCGACGAUGCCUCGGAAUUGGAUAAAGCUGCUGCCACAGUCACAACACUUCUUGAACCAUACGCACAUGUAGUCGGUGUCAGUCUCGAACGAGCAGGAUCAGCCUACGUACGUUUCAAACAACCCAUAGUUGACGACCUGCCCGUAAUCAUUGAACGAUCUGGUGGGAUAUACUGGCCCGAUAACGAUUUAUUGCUGCCUGUGCGUGUAGUCAAGGGUGAUGAAGAACGAGUGUAUUGGCAUGUGACUAGUGCCAGAGAAGCUAAAGGGAUGAUUGCGAGACGACGAUGGACCGUGAAUGCUGUUGAAGCUGUAUCUACCGGAACGAAACGUAAAGCUGCUGGUGAUAAUGCAGUGGAUAAUGAUAGUGGUGUAGAUGAGAAUGGUAAACAGGUCAAACGUCGUCGUGGUCCCCGUGUGAAAUCAGAGAAUGAACCUAGUACGAGUGGUGUUGAGGAUGUACUAGUGGUACAAUCAUCAGUGCAAGGUGCUAAACAGCACAGAAAGAAGAAGAUGAACGGCAAGAAACAAGGGAAACGUGGGAAGAAGGCUGCUGCUGCUGUUAUAAGUACUCCAAAGCCGGAUUUGGCUGACAUGCUAAAUCAGUUGCUUUGA